AUUGCCAAAGUGCAGUUGGACUGAGUAGUUUGACAAUGGCAGAUGAGGUGCAUGAAGCAACUGAGUUCCUAAAGGCUCCCAAAUCGAAAAGGGAUGAGGGCGAUCGGCUUGCAGAUACCCAAUGUGGCCUAUUCAAGAGUCCACGACUGCAAAGCUGGGCAACUGAAUAUGUGUUCGCCGUGGUUUUCGGCAUCGCGGGAUGUUUCGUAGCCAUGGCAUUUACAUAUUUCAAUGGCACAAUUACCACGCUGGAAAAACGUUAUAGGAUACCCUCGCAAACGACCAGCAUAAUUAUCGUGGGCACUGAUAUUAGCACAACUUUAACUUCCGGUUUGUUGGGCUACUAUGCGGGUCGCGGACAUCGGCCCCGAUAUAUUGCCUUAGGUCUGGUCGUCAUGGCGUUUUUUUGCGUGCUAACAGCUUCUCCUCACAUCAUCUAUGGCCCCGGCGAGGAUGCCUUGAAAUUGACUCGUGAAUAUGUGCAAGCGGAUCAGUUGAACGCCACGGAUGACACACUCUGCCAGGCACGAAAAUCCAGCUGUGAGCAGGAGGCCUACCUUUGGGCGCCCAUAGUUUUGUUAUUUUCCGGACAGUUUAUAUCCGGCAUCGGUUGUGCUCUGUUCUACACGCUGGGCAUAUCAUAUAUGGAUGAUAAUUCAAGCAAAGCCAAGACGCCCGCAAUGCUCAGUUGGUCCGUUUUCCUGCGCAUGCUGGGCCCAACCUUUGGCUUAUCCUUGGCCUCUGUUUGCCUGCGUUUUUAUAUAGAUCCCCAGCUGGAGCCGCUCAUUACCAAUGAGGAUACACGCUGGCUGGGCGCCUGGUGGCUUGGCUGGAUCCCAUUGACCAUCAUAAUGCUCUUGUCUGCCUUUUUUCUAUACAUAUUUCCCAAGGAGCUGCCCAGCGCCCGAGCUAGGAGAUUAAAAUCUAACGGUCAUGAGUCUGGCGGCAAUUCCCUAACAGAGCUCUCCCUCAGCGACCUGCUGCAGGCCGUCAAGCGGUUGGCCAAGAACAAGAUCUACAUUUACAAUAGCAUGGCCUCCAUACUCUACGUUUUUGGCUACAUGCCCUAUUGGAUGUUUACGCCCAAGUAUAUUGAAACCCAGUAUCAGCAGUCGGCCAGCACGGCAACCAUGGCCACGGGCAGCGUUGCUUUGGCCUUCUCGGCAGCUGGCGUAUUGCUCUCCGGUUAUGUAAUCUCCAAGCAUAGACCCAGUGCACGGGCAAUGGCCGCUUGGAAUGGCAUUGUUGAUAUAUUUACAGUGCUGGGCCUGUUGAGUUAUGUGCUGAUCGGUUGUGAUGACAGCGAUAAGGUGACAUCCAUGUUUCCAAGCGGCGGCGGCAAUGACAGCUGCACCGCCUCCUGUCACUGUGAAUAUGUACACUACGCUCCGAUUUGCAGUCCACACAAUGUCACCUACAUCUCUGCUUGUCACGCCGGCUGCACCGAAAAAACCAAGGAUGAGCUGGGUCAAUUCAUAUACACAGGCUGCAAGUGCAUUGGCGCUUCGGAUAUAGCGAAUGCUACUGAGCACCAAUUUGCCCGACAAGGUCCAUGUCCGGCGGACUGUUACAACCAGUUUCUCAUCUUCUUGGGCGUCAUGUGUUUUCUUAAGUUCGUGGGUUCCUCGGGAAGAACAUCCAACUUGUUGUUGGGUUUGCGCUGUGUGUCGUCGGCGGAUAAGAGCCUUGCUUUGGGUCUGAGCAAUAUGAUCGUCGCCAUACUCGCCUUUAUACCCAGUCCCCUUGUGUUUGGCGCGAUUCUGGACAACAAUUGUCUAGUCUGGGGCAAAACAUGCGGCAGCAACGGCAACUGCUGGCUAUAUGACACCAAAUCUUUGCGCUAUACGAUCAAUUUCUUGUCUGCCUCGUGCAUUUUGGCUAGCAGCUUUUGGAACAUUGGUGUCUGGUAUCAUGCUAAGAAUCUAAAGAUAUUCGAGGAAGAGGACGAAGAGACAAACCAUAAGAAACCAGAACAAUUUGAAUUAAACCAAAAAUCUUGCGAGAUAAAAAAGAUUCGGAAUGAGCCAAGGCGCCAUAAAUAAUAUUUAAAUACACACGCUUGUUUACUUGA